AUUUUUUUUUUUCAUGUGAAGAAAAAAUAAAUAAAUCAAUUCUCUUUUAAGAACGGAAAAAUAUAAAAUGUAUUUGCAAAUAAAAAUAUAUUUAGUGUAAAUAUUAAUAAAAAUUACAAAAUUUAAGUUUAUUUUGGAUUAGAUAAAUAAAACAUGAAAAAUGGUUGUAUAAAAGAAGCAAACAAAAUUGAAAAAAAAAAACUAAAAUUCGUUCAGGGAAAUUAAAACCUGACAUAAAAAUAAAAAAAAAAAUUUAUUUUAUAUUGAUAAUUUUAGCCAGCGAUGUUAUCGCUUUAUAUAUUUAUAAAUAAUUAUUUAUUUGGAAAAAUGUUCAAUUAUUAUUAUAAAAGUAUUAAAAUAAAAUUUAAUGCAAAAUAUCGAAGAAAAUUGUAUAUUUCAUUACAAAUACUAUCAACAUUAUUGCUUUGUUUAAUUUGCAAAGUGAAUGCAUUUAAUUGCACUUCAGAUAUCAAUUGUAUGAAUGGUGGAACAUGUCGAAAUAGUGUAUGCAUUUGUCCAGAUGGAUGGCAGGGACCAGAUUGCCAAUUUUGUGGUGGUAAAAUAAGAUUAACAGAACCAGAAGGUAUUAUUCACGAUGGUUUCGGUAAUUAUUCUGUUAGUGUUAAAUGUAGCUGGCUAAUAGAUGCACGUAAUGCGAAUUGGACAAAUCGUAAUGGUGCAAAUAGUAUUCAAAAGCCAGCAAAAAUUCGUUUACAUUUAGAAGAAUUCGCUACAGAAUGCGGCUGGGAUCAUUUAUAUAUUUUUGAUGGUGAUAGUGUAGAAUCACCACUCUUAGCUGUUUACAGUGGACUAAUGUACAAGAAAAAUUUUUCGAUUCGUCGUGUGCCAGAAAUUGUAGCCGAAAAUGGAUCAGCAUUAUUACAUUUUUUUAGUGAUGAUGCAUAUAACAUGUCCGGAUUUAAUAUAUCAUAUAAAAUAAAUGGUUGCCCUACGAAUGAUUCAUCUGUUGAUUGUUCUGGAAAAGGUGUUUGUGUUGAUGGAAUUUGUACAUGUGACGCACAAUACACUGGAGAAGCUUGCAAUAUACAAAUAUGUCCAAAUAAUUGUUCAUAUCAUUUAAGACAGGGAGCAUGUAAAAAAGAGGCUCAUGUAUGUGAAUGUCGAGAUGGUUUUGCCGGCAAUGAUUGUUCACAAAUAAAUGCAUUAGGUGUUUGGUCAACAAUUAGUUUAGAAUAUUCUCUACCACCUCCAGGUAGUGCAUCACAUGGUGCUACUGUGUGGCGAGAUACACUUCAUAUAAUUGGUGGAGAAAGUUAUGGACGGGGAGAACUUUUAAAUAUGUAUGAUUUUAAUGGAAGGGUUUGGGAAACUGUUCAUAUGGAAUCAAAUAACAAAUCAAAGGUGCCUGAGCUAAGGUAUGCAGGAUCAACCGUGAUGUUCGGUGACAAAAUUUUUAUGUAUGGAGGUGUUGUUCCAAGAGAAGGAAUUUCUGGUGAAUUGUGGGCAUUUGAUGUAAACGCAAAAACUUGGGAAAAUAUUACUGUAAAGACAGAUUAUUGCAAUGGAACAUUUGCCAUGUGUGGGCCAUUAAAAGUAGCUGGACAUACUGCAACGCUAGUUCCAGGUUUUGGUGAUCGGAGUAAUUACCAAUUUAUGGUUGUUAUAUUUGGCCAUUCACCUCAAUUUGGGUAUUUAAAUACAGUGCAAGAAUACAAUUUUGGAACGCGAGAAUGGAAAAUUGUUGAAACAUAUGGUUAUGCUGUUAAAGGUGGUUAUGGUCACAGCGCUGCGUAUGAUACAUUAACAGAAAAAAUUUAUAUUUAUGGCGGUAUUGUAUCGGAAAGUGAAGCCACACAAAUAUUAAGUAAUAAAUUAUAUGCUUAUGAUCCAGUUUCAAGAGUGUGGACAUUGUUAACAUCUGCACCAAGCGCUCGAUUUUUGCACACAGCAAAUUUUAUAAAUUUAGGUUUAAUGAUGGUAUUUGGCGGGAAUACUCACAAUGACACAUCUCAAAGCUAUGGUGCUAAAUGUUAUAGUAAAGAUAUAUUAAUUUAUGAUGUUGUUUGUGAUUCGUGGCACAUAAAUUACAUGCCAAAUGAUUUAAGAGCUGAUAUGGCCAGAUUUGGCCACUCAGCCGUAAUAUUUGAAAAUUCUCUGUAUAUCUAUGGAGGUUUCGAUGGACAGUUAUUAUCAGAUAUGUUAAAAUAUACCCCAGGUAAUUGCAGUUAUUUUGAAAAAGAAGAACGAUGCUUAAAUGGACGGCCAGGAGUAAAAUGUGUAUGGGAUUCUGUAAGAAAUAGUUGUAUUCCGGUAAAAAGAGAAAUGAAAGAAGUUAUUUUGCGUAAAGAUCAAUAUGAAUUUAUUACUUGCCCACAAAAAAGCAGAAUAACUUUGACAACCGAGUUGUUAUUAGAUGUUACAAGAUGUGUUGAGUUAUCUAACUGUCAGUCAUGCGUAUCCAGUUCAUUUGGAUGUGCGUAUUGUGGUAAUGGAACAUGUUCAAAAGAUAAAUGCAGGGAAAGUAACUUUUUUGUGGAUUCUUUGGUUUAUAAUAUUACCAAUAUUACAAAAUUGGAUCAAUGCCCUGAAGAAUCUGGAAGUUUGUGCCCUCAAUUACAUUGUUGCAAUGCAUGUAUCGCUAAUAGUAAUUGUUAUUGGGAUAUUGAAGCAGCAAAAUGUAAGGGUAUAGGCAACAAAACUCUAGAUCCCGAAACACAAUGCCCAACUCCUUGUGCAAUAUAUACAAAUUGUUCUGCUUGCACUGAUAAUGAUUGUAUUUGGUGCCAAAAUCAACAAAGAUGUGUUGACCGAAAUGCAUACACAGCUAGUUUUCCAUAUGGGCAGUGUAGAGAAUGGACUACUCAUUCAUCCAAAUGUAGAACAGUGCCUUCUGCUGUAAAUAGCCAAAUUAAUGGUGAAGAAUCCGAUGAGUGUCUUGGACACAAGUCAUGCAGUCAAUGUGGAUCGUAUAAAACAUGUAAUCAAUGUAGGGAUGAUCCAGCUUGUGGUUGGUGUGAUGACGGAUCGGCUACAGGUUUAGGUAAAUGUCUUCCUGGUGGAGCUAGCGGAUCUCAAAGUGAAUUUAAAUGUAACAAAUCUCGUUGGCAUUUUACUCACUGUCCUGACUGUCAAUGCAAUGGACACAGUAUUUGUCCAGAUAAAUUUACUUGCAAGCAACCAUGUGCUAAUUUAACAGUUGGACGUAAUUGUGAUAAAUGUCGUCCAGGUUAUUGGGGUAAUCCUAUAAACGGAGGCACUUGCCAGAAAUGUGAAUGUAAUGGCCAAGGAACUUUGUGUCAUAGCGAUACCGGAAAAUGUUUUUGCCAUACCAAGGGUAUGAUCGGUGAUCAUUGUGAAAAAUGUGAUUUAACUAAUCAUUAUCAUGGUGACGCAACAAAAGGCUCUUGUUAUUACGAUUUAACCAUCGAUUAUCAGUUUACUUUCAACUUAUCCAAGAAGGAAGAUAGACAUUUUACGCAAAUAAAUUUUAGAAAUUCACCAGCAAAACCAGAUAUUGAUGCUGAUUUUUCUAUAACAUGCAGCGUUUUAGCUAAAAUGAAUAUAACCGUUCGGACAGCUGGUGGUCCUGAGAAAACAGCUUUUAGUGGUUUAAACUGCUCGAAUUUCCGACACAGAUUUUCUAAAACAGAAUAUCACUUUGGUUCUCUUGAUAAUGAUACAUUGACUACAUUUUAUGUUUAUGUUUAUGACUUUCAACCACCGCUAUGGAUCCAGAUAGCAUUUUCUCAAUACCCAAAAUUAAAUUUGCAACAGUUCUUUAUUACGUUUUCCAGUUGUUUUCUGCUAUUAUUACUGAUGGCUGCAGUUUUAUGGAAAAUAAAACAAAAAUACGACAUGUUUAGAAGAAGACAAAGGUUGUUUGUUGAAAUGGAACAGAUGGCGUCAAGACCAUUCUCUCAAGUUUUGGUUGAAAUAGAAAAUAGAGAAAAUAUAGAUUUGUCGCAGACUAUAGAAAGUAUUACAACAGCUAAAAAACGCAAAAAGGAUUGCCCUAGUCCAAUUGCCUUAGAACCUUGCAGCGGGAAUAGAGCUGCCGUUUUAUCACUUCUAGUCCGACUGCCUACUGGUGGUCUACAACAUGCUCCCCCCGGUCAAGCAGCCGGUUUAGCUGUAGCAAGUGCAUUAGUUACAUUAGGAAAUCCAAGGAGGCCAUCAAUAGAGCAUCCAAAAGAACCUAAAACUAAACGUAAACAAAGUCAGCAUCCCGAUAGUUGUACAUAAUUUAAAAUGUUUGAAAUUCUAUUAUAUAAGUAUAUUUAAUCAUAACAAAUUAUUAAGAAUAAAUAUAAUACUAUUAAUAAUAUUAUCAUUAAAAAUAUCUUGCUAGUAUAUUUAAAUUAUAAUUCUUAACAAAGUAAAAAAUUUAAACAUUCAACAAAAACAAAAUUAAUAAUAGCAUGUAAAGAACGAAAUAUGUAUGUAUGUAUAUUCAAACAAAAAAAUUAAUUCUUGUUGUUCUUAAUAAUUUAAUUACGAUAGCAAAACGAAUAUAUCAAUUAUGCAAUAUUAUUAAAUCUCGACUGCACUGCGUAA